UGUGAUGACGUCGACUCAAGCGAGGCAAAUACUGAGCAGCCAUUACACAGCUAGUUUACUUUGGAAGGUCGGGGGCGACUGGGAACUAGCGAGCAAUAGAAAUCGCUCGCAAAAUCGAGAAAACGGGGACGUCCCUGGCUUCCGCGCCAGACGGUUUAUACGUGGGACAUUUAAUAACAAAAAUAUUUACCAUCUAGGUACAGAUAAUAAUCACUGAUUUGUUUGUUGAUGAAAGAUCGGUAGCUGCGCAGCAUUGUAUUAUACUCUUACUCAGCUGCGUCGAAAUCGCUAGAGAAAAUAACAGUAGUUUCGUUUCUUCACCAUACCCACUAGCAAGUUAAGUAACUGUUGCUCGUUUACUAAGACAUAUUUUUCAAAAUGGAUGAUAAAGUAUUUACAAAGGAAUUGGACCAAUGGGUCGAGCAACUGAAUGAAUGCAAGCAACUAUCGGAGAAUCAAGUGAGAACGCUAUGCGAAAAGGCUAAAGAGAUUCUGACCAAGGAGUCCAAUGUGCAGGAGGUGCGCUGUCCUGUCACGGUGUGCGGCGAUGUGCACGGCCAGUUUCACGACCUCAUGGAGCUGUUCAGAAUCGGUGGCAAGUCACCCGACACCAACUACCUGUUCAUGGGCGACUAUGUAGACCGAGGCUACUACUCGGUGGAAACGGUGUCUCUGCUGGUGGCACUUAAGGUUCGUUACCCUAAGCGUAUCACGAUACUGCGGGGGAACCAUGAGAGCAGACAGAUCACACAGGUGUAUGGCUUCUACGAUGAAUGCUUGAGGAAGUACGGCAACGCCAAUGUGUGGAAAUACUUUACAGACCUCUUUGACUAUCUUCCCCUUACGGCCCUGGUUGACGAACAGAUCUUCUGCCUGCACGGCGGACUCUCCCCCUCAAUAGACACACUGGAUCACAUCCGGGCCCUGGAUCGCCUGCAGGAGGUCCCACACGAGGGACCCAUGUGUGACCUGCUGUGGUCCGACCCAGAUGACCGCGGGGGCUGGGGCAUCUCCCCCCGUGGUGCCGGCUACACCUUUGGGCAGGACAUCUCGGAGACCUUCAACCAUGCCAACGGUCUUACCCUGGUGUCCCGUGCCCAUCAACUUGUCAUGGAGGGCUACAACUGGUGUCACGACCGAAACGUUGUCACCAUCUUUAGUGCGCCAAACUACUGCUAUCGCUGUGGAAAUCAAGCUGCCAUCAUGGAACUGGACGAUACUCUUAAAUACUCUUUCCUUCAGUUUGACCCUGCACCCCGACGGGGAGAGCCCCACGUCACCCGCCGCACCCCCGACUACUUCUUAUAAACACCCACCAGCCUGGGGGAGGAAGAAGUUGGCAAGACCUCUACAGCAAGCAAAGACCCCCCCCCCCCCCCACCACCACCACAAAACAACAACCCUGUGUGCAUAUGACCCUGUUACAACAUGAACACACUAACAUGGACCAAAAUGUGCCAUACAAGCAUUUAGUACACAUUACAAAAUACAAAAAUUGCCCUGUGUCUCAGUACUGCAACACAGUGUCCCGUUUAGCCUUUAAUGCUAUUGCCUGCUGUAUACUAUUGAUCGUAGUGUUUCUUUUUCCCCCCCUGUCAUGGACUACAUUACGCUAAACAAUCUGACAACUGGCUUCCUUCCCCCCCCACCCAAAGAUCGAUCACUGGACAAAUCGUAGUUUUCUCCGUUGGCGAUGCCAGGCAUGUGAAUUGCGGUAUUAUUUUAUACAAUUGCACAAGCUUGCGUCCCCAGCGCUCUUCUGAACCAAACACUAUUUGGGAAUGGAUGCUUUCAUUCAAGUGGAGACACCUCUCCCUUUUUGGGAGUGUGUGCUUUCAUGUCUGUAGACCUGCCUACUUCCACUCUUGUCCUGUAUAAUCUGUCGCAUUUACUGUCUCCUCUCUCUGUAUAUUUGUCAUGAAGUGAUUGCCUCUUUGAUGUAUUUCAACUAAUAAAGUAAUUUUAAUCGUAAACCA